AUGUGGCGAAUAAAAGGACUCAAUUACAUCCUGGCCCAUCGGUUCUGCCGUCUGCUUUCUACUAAUCUUCCUCCUCCUUCUCAUUUCUCUAAUCCAGGAGAGAUCCCGAACACCUACAAUAGCAAAACUACACUGAUAGACCAACACCAAACAUCUCCAGUUUCUUCGCAAAAUAGUCAGACGCCAUCUACAUUACCUCCUCCAACGUCCAGUGACAGAAGCAGCCCUCUUAAGGAAAUCACUACCUUGUUAGCGAUGGGCACGUUGGGGUAUUUGGCUAUAGACAAUUACUUGAACCGUGUCAAGUUAGAGAAAUUAGCCAAUGAAACUACCGCCAUCAACCUCAAAGCUCUCCAGAUCCAACAGACAAACUUCCUAAAUGCCCGAAAAGUUCGAGAUCUCCAGGUUCUUCAAGAAAGAAGAGACUAUGCAAAGAGAGACUUCAAAAUGGGCUUACAUAUAGCAAUAUUACGCCAACAAUUGGCAGACCUCGGAGUUGAGCCGAUAGAUAUCGAAACUGCCAUCAAGGAGUUUGAAAAGAACGUCAGAGCUGAUAAUUCAGUCAAAAACGUCAGUGGUCAAACCCUUUGGUUGGUGGAUAAUUCUCGUACGUAUAACUAA